ACCUCCCGGCGGCUCACCACCGGCGUCGCUAACUUCUUGACCCGCCGUGCCAUGACCACGCAGCAGAGUCACCACCCAGCAGCAGCAUUCCACCAACUCCCGCUCCACUCGCCGGUCUCCUCCACUGGCUCUACCGACUCCACGCCAUGGCACCACAGUGCUCCGACCACGCCGCCCCUGCUCCCGUUCGACACCAACGAUGCCGACGAGAUGCUCCUGCUCCACAUGCUCUCACAGCACCAGCAACACACGCACAAGGCCGUGGCGGCGCCGGUGAAGCGAGAGGCCCCCGACCGACAGAAAGCAGCUCAAGCAGCCAGCGCCGGGCGCGCGUUCCGCGGGGUGCGCAAGCGGCCGUGGGGCAAGUACGCGGCGGAGAUCCGUGACUCGACGCGGAACGGCGUGCGGGUGUGGCUGGGCACCUUCGACAGCCCGGAAGAUGCGGCACUAGCGUACGACCAAGCUGCCUUCGCCAUCCGCGGCGGCGCCGCCGUGCUCAACUUCCCCGAAGACCAGGUCCGGCGCUCCCUCGAGGGCGCCGCUGACGACGUGUGCGGCCGUGCCCAUGGCGUGUCGCCCGUGCUGGCUCUCAAGCGGCGGCACUCCAUGCGGAGCCGGAAGGCCACGGCGGCGGGCAGGAAAGUGAAGGCCGCCACUCGGGGGAUGCAGCCAGAUGGCAUGGUGAUGGAGCUUGAGGACCUUGGUACAGAGUACCUGGAGCAGCUGCUCGGCGCCUCCGAGGACACCACCUCCAUUAAUUCAUGGUGCUGGAGCCACCACUCCAUGACGACUUGAAGAUGAUGGACUGAUCGCUCGCUGCUUUUCUGUU